UCACAAUAUUACUUCCACUGGAGGUGGAGGACCCUUUCCAGAAUGUGCCGGAUUGGGGAAGGCCAUGAAGGAAAAAGAAGAGGACCCUGUUGCCUGGUCAGAUGGCUGCCAGCACUCAUCAUUCUGGCCGUAGUGGCAUGGUCCUACCACGUGCUGGUCUACCAGAUCUGCAUAAAAAAAGUUUCCAACUAUUUGACCACCGGGCUUUUGCUGUUUUUCUACCACUUGCUGUUGCUCAUGUUUCUGUGGACAUGGUUGCGCUGCAUUUUCGUAGCUCCAGUCGGGAUACCCGACCAAUGGAAAAUAUCUGCCGAGGAUGUGGACAGAUUGAAGCGAAACGACGGAGCAGAGGGAGCAGCUCGAGUCCUCAGUUAUGCAGCCAGAAACUUGCCCAUUGCCACCUGUACCAGCGAUGGACUAGUGCGAUAUUGCAAGACCUGCUGGAUAAUUAAGCCGGAUAGAGCUCAUCACUGUCGAACCUGCCACAUGUGUGUCCUGAAAAUGGACCACCAUUGUCCUUGGCUAGUGAAUUGCGUCCACUUCCACAACUUCAAGUACUUCAUACUCUUUCUGUUUUACGCCGAGGUAUAUUGCUUUUAUGUGUUCUCCGUAAUGAUCUAUGAUUUGUACCUUAUUUGCGGCUUUGAGCUGACUAGUUUGAAAAAUCAGCAUUCCUGGAACAUUCUGCAGUACUUGGUAUGCAUUCUCUUUAACAUAUUCACCUUGAUUAUGUACGCUGUCAGCUUGUUGAACGUAUCUCGGAAUCGCACCACUAUGGAAUCAGCUUAUGAUACGUACUUUUUCGAUGGCGGCAAGAGCAAAAAUGGCUUCAAUUUGGGCUGCUUUGCCAAUUUCCGAGAACUUUAUGGCAAUAAGUGGUACCUCUGGCCCUUCCCGAUCUUCUCUAGUCGUGGUGAUGGACUUUCAUUCCCCAUAGACCACGAUCGACUAAAGGAAGUACGUGCCGAUAGUCAGAGAAACAGAGCUCAGAUAUACAAGGAAAACGUGGCCCGAAUUCUCGGAAUUCAUCAGCCAACUUUCAACGAUGAAUGAGCACUCGCAAAAUAAAAAAUCAAUGUUUUAUUUGUAUCACCAAGCAAGGGUAUUGCAAUUUGUGUGUCUUAAAUUUCUUGUUUUCCAUUUCAAAUCAAGGAAUACUAAAGGAAAACAUUUCAAGGAGAAGCUCGUACUAUUCGAGUUUCAGCUGCCGUAGACCAUUCGAAAAAGGGGAACUCCAUCAACAUCUUAAUUUACGAGUCAUUGGCAAGUGCACCCCAGCUUGGCAACUGCAAUCCGCUGGCCAUUUCUUCGUCGACCCGCUGAGUGGCCAACAUCGAUAAAUCCUCGGCAUUCCGGCUCUCUAGUCCGCAGCCUGCCCACAAACGCAUCGGAGUCGUUUAUAAAACGCUUAACAUUCGUGACAUAUUUCGCAUUUGGCUGCGCGUCGGGCGCAGAAAUUUAUAGACUUUAUCCAUUAGGAAAACAAUUACGAGUGCAAACAAUGGCAACCAAUGUGCGAUGUCCAGCGGAUGGACUCCCCGGCCAGAGGCGAUUCCUUGGGCACCGAGCAUAUGUUGGGAUUGUCGCGCCCCCAAGUUCAAUGUCCUCGUCUAUAUUUUCU